UCCAACAUGAAAAGCAUGGAGCAGGAGCUGCACUGCCCGGUGUGUGACGAGAUGGUGAAGCAGCCCAUCCUUCUGCCGUGCCAGCACAGUGUGUGUCUGCUGUGUGCAGCAGAGGUGUUGGUACAGAGAGGUUACCCUCCUCCAGACCUCCCUCCGGAGCCCAACUCGCCAGCCUCCACGCCCAACACACGCUCUCCACGACAGGCACGCAGACCAACACCCAGGACGCCUGACCGCCUGGAGCGGGUCCUCAGAACAGUUUGCGGGACAUACCCAGGGCGGAGGCGGAAGGACACAGCCCAUCCCCCAAUGUUGUUCCCGUGUCCUUCCUGUCAGGAAGACGUGGAGCUUGGAGAGAGAGGCCUGACAGACUGCCUUCGCAACCUCACACUUGAGCGGAUUGUGGAAAGGUACAGGCACACAGUGAGUCUGGGCAGCGUAGCCAUCAUGUGUGGUUUCUGUAAGCCUCCUCAGUCUCUGGAGGCCACUAAAGGCUGCGCUGACUGCAAGUCCAACUUCUGCAACGAGUGUUUUAAACUCUACCACCCCUGGGGAACUCCUCGAGCUCAGCAUGAACAUAUUCUACCCACCAACAACUUUAGGCCAAAGGUCCUAACGUGCACAGAGCAUGAGCAGGAGAGGCUGCAGUGGUACUGCCGCAACUGCCAGAGGUUACUGUGUCCGCUUUGUAAGCUCCGUCGCGUCCACCAUGGACACAAAGUGUUGCCUAUAGCACAGGCCUACCAGGUCCUUAAGGAGAAGGUGACCAAGGAAGUCAACUUUAUCCUGGCCAACCAGGAGACGAUACAGAGUCAGAUCAUUCAACUGGAAGCUGCCAUCAAACAGAUGGAGGCAAACAGCACAGUGGCUCUGCAUCAGCUGACACACUGUAUCCGAGAGCUGGGGGCGGCUGUGGCCGAGCGUCAGGGGACUUUGGCUCUGGCCCUGGAGGGAUCACGCAGCAGGAGGGAGGAAGCCCUGUCUGCCCAGGUCUCAGAGAGGCGAGGCCUGCUGGAGCACGCCGGCCUGAUGGCGUACACGCAGGAGCUGCUCAAGGAGACUGAUCCUCCCUGCUUCGUACAGGCUGCCCGAGUCACUCACAACAGGCUGGUGAAGGCAAUAGAAAACCUCCAGUGUUUCUCUCUCUCAGCUGAUCCCUCCUUUAGACACUAUCACUUAGACGCAUCCAAAGAAGUCAAGCUCAUUAACAGCUUGGAGUUCAUACGUGCCCCACUGGCUCCAGUCAUUGACACCCAGAAGACACUUGCUUACGACCAGCUGUUUCUGUGCUGGCGCCUCCCUCAGGACUCGGCCCCAGCUUGGCACUUCUCCGUUGAAUACCAGCGGCGAGCAGGAGGGGCUGCAGCCACGUGGGGUGGCACCAGAUCCCCUACUGCGGCCACAGCGUGGCUGCGUCUGGAUGAAGUGAGAGGAACCAACGCUGUGAUUGAUCGGCUGCAGAUGGACAGCGUGUACGUGCUCAGGGUGAGAGGCUGCAACAAGGCUGGGUUUGGAGAGUACAGCGAAGAAGUUUACCUCCACACUCCACCAGCACCUGUGUUGAGUUUCUCCUUGGACUCACGCUGGGGGUUGCACGCCGACAGGCUGGCACUGGGUAAAGGCCAAACCUACGCCCGCAGCGUGCCGGGCCUCUCCCUCCUGCACGCCGCCGACCGCACACUUACCUCCUGCCACUUGACCUCUGACCUCCUGGUGGCCGACUUGGCUGUUGCUCAAGGCAAACACUACUGGGCAUGCUCGGUGGAGCCGGGUUCCUAUGUGGUAAAGGUGGGAGUCGGGCAGGAGACUAAACUACAAGAGUGGUUUCAUCUCCCUCAGGACAUGGCCAGCCCUCGCUGCGACCCAGAUAGCGGCCAUGACAGCGGGGCAGAGGACGGCCAGGACUCUCCUCCCUUCUGCUUCCUCACAAUGGGCAUGGGCAAGAUCCUUCUUCCUCAAGGACAUGGUCACACUCAGAGCCAGGGGGACAGUCAGAGUCAGGGGGGGGUGCACUCCCACAGUAGCAGCCACAGCAACCUGCCACACCCUCACACGGCUCCUCUGCCGCCCCGACUGGGCGUGUGUCUGGACUGUGACAAAGGACGAGUCACCUUCUACGAUGCCCACUCGUUGCGGAUCCUGUGGGAGGGACACGUAGACUGUUCAGCUCCAGUGUGUCCGGCUUUCUGCUUCAUUGGCGGGGGGGCGCUGCAGCUGCAGGACCUUGUGGCCAAUCGGAGCAUCGAGGAGCCGCCGCCACGGAGGGUAACCAUCCAAACACGAGCGACAAAUCUCAGCAAAUAA